AUGGACGAUGAGCAAUUUUUUUGCGCUACUAUUUCGCAGGCAAAAAUGCAGUUGACCUCUCGCUCGCGCAUACUUCAAUUGGCGGUGGUGGUUGGAGUGACAAUUGGGAUUGUAGUGGUGUUUUUUGCCAUCACUAAAACGGAUCGACGAGUUGUCUCGAUUCGAGAACAUGUUCGCUGCUCGGACAAUAAUAAGAGAACCCAUUUGUUUGGCGUCGGGUGUCCUGAAUUUAAAAAGAGAUUAUUGCAAGACGACCAUCCUUCAGCUUUAUUUCUGAAUGAUGACGAUGUAUGGUCUUCGCAUGAAGACGUAAACGAAAAAAGAGAGCGUUCGAAUCGACAUGGUAGUCCACUUCGUGAUGACGACGAUCACCCUGGUCCAUUUGAUAACGAAAGCAAAGACCUUGAUAAUUGGAAGAAUAAAGGUAAUGAGGAGAAUCAAAGUGAAGACAGCGAGGAGAAUAAUUCUGAUGAUCAAGAGGAAGACGAGAAAGAAGCCAGCAAGGAGAAUAAUUCUGAUGAUCAGGAGGGAGACGAGAAAGUAGCCAGCGAAGAUAAAAAUACACAAAAUGAACAAAACCUGAAUGGUCCGGAAAAUGGUGCUGAUAAUAUUCAGUCAAGUGUUGCCUCGAGUCUAGCUGGUAUUAAUAUUGGCAACACAAUCAUGAUUAUUAACGUUGGCAGAAGUGCGACUAACGGCACUUAUCCUGGUGAAAAUGAACCGGUCGCAUCGGCUUCUGACUGUUUGGGAGUCAGCGGUGCUGAUCGCUCCGCUAUCAGUUCUGCUGCUGUUCGGGCAUUUUGCGACUCGGCUAAUUGUAAAUUUGCAAACGCAAACGAGACUUCCGUCGUCAACUCACGCCCGACUUUAAGCUCACUCAAGCCUUCGCUGGAUGAUCUCAGAAGAAGAAUAGGUAAUGACGUAUCGCAGGGAAUUGCUAAUGAUGGUGGAGUCAACGGAAUGGGAAAUUUGAAGUGGUUGCUGCUUCUCAUUAUCGUGAUAACAACUAUGUUUGGGAAAUAG